UUUGUUUCAUUGAAUAGGGAGGAAAAAAGGUGGGGUGAGGGAAUAUGAUGUUUCUAGUUUUUACAGCUUUAUAAUUGGAGACAGAACAAGCAGGUACACAGACCUUAACACAUAUAUAUCAGCAUAAGGAAUUUCAUAAGCAACAACUUCCUAGUUCAGUUUCAUGCUCUCAGCUUUUCCAGUUACAAAUAUAUUAAAAUAACAUCCCUCAAAAAAGGAAAAAAAAAAAGUUGGAAAGAUCAUAAACAGUGAUGAAGACCUUUCAUGGCAACCUGACUCCAAAAUCACCAAACCUGAGAGACAGAGAUGCAUCUUUCUCUUCCUAUCUCAGACCCGAUAAACCAAUCACUUGCCAACCACAUCAUCAUGCCAUUGGAUCUGGAAUACGUAGAGCUCUUGAAGAUUCCACCUCUGAGCUUAGCAUAUUCGAUGCUCACAAGUACUUCAAUGAAGUGACCAACAAUGAAACCCAAAAAGUUACCAUCACCAGCAACAGUAGAGUCUCUCCCAUGAUUCACACAGACAUGGAACGCAUUCCAGAACGAGGUGACAUCAUCACAGAGACAACAAGAUACUCCUCAGCUUCAUCCUCAGUUGAUGGCUAUGCCAUCAUCAGAAACUACAGAGCACGUUCAUUCCAUGCUGCUACACCAACAGCUUCAUCAGAAGCAAGUUGGAACAGCCAAGCUGGGUUGUUAUCUCAUCCAAAAGGUGCAAUCCCAGUCUCAAUGAAAAACCCUCCAAACCCCAAUGAACUCAACAAGAAAAACAGAACAACAUUUACAUCAUCAUCACUCUCCAAACCUAUAUGGCUUUUAAGGAGAAAAUGUCCAUGCACAGGUAAAAAAUCAGUACAAGUCAAAGAAAACAUUCAACAAUCCAAAACCCAAACCGCCCAAUUGUCGCAACCGCCGCCGCCGUCACGGGAACCGGCAAUAAAUUAUUCUCUCAACGACAUCAAAAGACAUGAUCAUGAGUCCAAGGAUGUUCCUAAUCAUAUCACACCCAACAAUUGGGUUGUGAACCAGACAGCAGCAUCAACAACCUUUGUAGCCACGAAAUCUCAAAGAUUUCAUCCGAACGGAGCUGUAACCUCUGUGAAAACACCCUUCACCGAUGGCUUCACUUUCCCUGUGCUAAACCCAAACCCAAAACCCCACAUCCCAAACGGCGUCGUUGAAGAAGACCCACCCCGAGAUUCCCUUGAAGUUUUUCAACCACCGGAAAACACCGUGGAACAGAAAUCACGAGCCGGAGCCGGAGCCGUCGACGUCGACGACGCGGCGAGCGACGCGAGUUCCGAUCUCUUCGAGAUCGAGAGCUUCUCCACCGCCACGCAAUCCACGUACCCUAUCAUGUACCGUCACGGAAGCAGAGACUCAUUCGACGAGGCUUCCGGCGCCACCAACAACGGCUUCUUCUUCGGUCGCCGGAGCAUGGACGAGGGGUCCACCACCACGACGGCGUACGAGCCGAGCGAGGCCAGCAUCGAGUGGAGCGUGACCACAGCGGAAGCGCACGAGGAUUACAUCGGCGGCGGAGGAGGCGGCGGUGGUGUGGCGGCGGAGAAGUGGAAGAGAAAGGGAGGAAAUGGGUUGUUGGUGAGUUGUCGGAGCGAGAAAGCGGUGAGUGUGGGGCCACAACCUGUGAAGUGUGGGACCACACCUUCGAUGCACGUGAAUCAUCACGUGAUUGUUAGUGGUGUUGGUGUUAAUAGUAAUACAAGUAGUAGUGGUAGUACUAGGGUUAUAGGGUGUGUCAAUAAACCACCGCUUGCAAAGUCUAACCGCAACACACCUCGCGUGUCUCUCGCUUUCGCGACAUAGCCAUUUGCUUCUUUUGUUACUAAUUAAUGCUUACUUCUUGUUGCUUCAGUUUUCUUGUUUUCGGUUCUCACUUAUUGUGUCUUCUUGUUUUUCUGCUUCUAUCGUAUGGUCAUUUUUUUGAUAGUGAU